AUGCAGUUGCUCAUGCUGAUGAUGGUGAUGAUAACUUUUGAAGUUGACAAGUCUGAGCAACGGAGAGGACUGGAUGGAGAUACAAUGUGCUCCCCAAACGGGGAGCAUUUGAUGACGGGAACAUCAAUCGAAGAGACUCCUAUCGUGACGGAGUCAAUUUACAACAAUCACCACUUGUCGCCAAAUGAACCUCAACCCCUGGCCCAACGGCUUCUCAAGCCGACCAUGAAGCUCUCCCCCGCCGAAACGGUCACGCCUGUGGCCGUCACUGUAAUUGAGCUCAGCGUGGUGGCUCGACUUGUUCGGGCGGCCGCUGCCGAAGCUAUCAGGGUCGCUGGAGAUUGCAUGCACCUGUUUCCUGCAUUUGAUCCAUCGGAUUUCGGAUUUGGAACUGUCUACAACCAUUGUCCCAUCAGCUCUCGUGGAUCCCUUCAGGGUAUCGUCUCGUGGUCACACUACGACUACGUGGCUCUGCAGAUUGACGCCCAACGGGCAAAAGAGAGCCGGGAAGAAGCAGAAGAAAAGAACAACGCGAGAGGGACAGCAGGCCGGCAAUACUGGGUGCCACCAGUAGUACUAUCGCUACCGGUUCCGUCGCAUCGCCGCGUUGCCUCAUCCUCCCUUACGCGAUGCAGACUCUUUGCUGCUCGUCCUUCCUCUGGCUGA